AUGGCUUCGAGUGGCUUUUAUGGUGACCCAGCAGUAUCCAAUAGACAUGUGACAUGGGAGUUGUUACAACAUUUGCGAAUAAUAGCACAUGGGGCAUGGUUAGUGAUGGGGGAUUUCAAUGAAAUUCUAAGUCAAGCUGAUAAAAAUGGAGGAAGGCUACGAAACGAACAAAAAAUUGAAGUGUUUCGAAACACACUAGAGAAUUCACAAAAAAAUAAGGAAGACCAUAGUGAGUUACAACAAACAGAAAGAAAAUUGGAUGAUUUAUUGCGCAAAGAGGAAGUCUUUUGGCAUCAACGAUCCAGAAUACAAUGGCUAAAAGCAGGAGACCAAAAUACAAAAUUCUUUCAUCAAAAGGCAAGAGAGCGACAAAAGAACAAUUCAAUUAAAGGCAUUUUCAAUGAUGGAAACGAAUGGUGCACAAGUGAUAGUGAGAUCAGUGAGAUCACAAUGAAGUUCUACAAUUCUCUCUUCGCUUCUUCAUCUCCCUCAGAAGAAAAAAUUGAAGAACUAUUACAAGGAGUUCAUACUUCUGUUUCAGAUGAGAUGAACAUGAGUUUAGAAGCCCCUUUUCCCCUGGAGGAAAUAAAAGAUGCAGUCUUCUCUAUGUCUGUAGAUAAAAGCCCAGGUCCAGAUGGAAGACUCAUUACAGAUAAUGCACUUAUUGCCUAUGAGUGCCUUCACAUUGUGAAAUCUAAGAAGUCAGGGAGAAAAUCAUUCGCAACAAUGAAAUUAGAUAUGAGUAAGGCGUACGACAGAGUUGAAUGGAUUUUUGUGGAAAAAAUGUUAAUUAAGAUGGGAUUUCGACCUUACUGGGUUAACAAAUUAAUGAAAUGUGUAACUUCAGUCCAAUAUUCGUUUCAAAUUAAUGGAGCAAGCUAUGGAGAAGUAAUUCCAUCAAGAGGGUUGAGACAGGGGGACCCUCUAUCACCUUACCUUUUCCUAUUUUGUGCAGAAGGUUUUUCAGCUUUAAUUCAACAAGCGAAGAGUAGAAAGGAAAUAAAGGAACUAAGAAUAGCUAAUAUAGCUCCUUUUAUUACCCAUUUAUUCUUUGCGGAUGACAGCCUCAUUAUCGUCCAGGCAUCUGAGAGAUCUCUACAAGCUAUACAAAACAUAUUUUCUCUAUACUCGACAUGUUCUGGAUAG